AUGCAGACAGCCAUCACGAACCCUCAAUGUGCAAAGCCCCACUUCAAAACGGCCGAUGUCGAUGAUUAUAAGCGGAGAAUUAUCCUCCAAUCCGUACACAAAGCCGAUCUGCUCUACUGCACUGAGGAUGAGAUGGCCAAAAGCAUCCGUAUUGAUCUGAACAACAAACUGGGAGGGCACUGGCAUGUCAUUGUUGGUCGACACUUUGCAAGUUACUUUACUUUCACUCCGGGAUUCAUGGCUCAUCUGAUUCUACGAGACAUACAAUUCCUCGUCUAUCAGUACGAGCAGGUGAAAUAA